AUGGCGAUGCAGCUCUUCGGAGCGCUCGACACCAACUCCUCGGGGGUCCUGGGGUCCUGGGAGAUGCGCAAGUACGCCAGGCUCACCGGGUUCAACGGCGACGCCAAGGCCUGGGCAACGGCCAGGGCGGGGCUGUACGCGGCGUGCGGGUGGGACGAGGCCGAGGACGUGGACCCGUGGAAGUUCUUCCAGAUGGUAGACGACGAGGACGGCGAAGGCCACUUGGCAGACGCCGAUCUCCUGCUACUGCUGACCAGGCUCCAGUCGCGCCCGGUGCUGGUCGCGCGCCUCUUCCGCGCGCUGGACUCGUCGGGCAGCGGGCGGCUGGCCGCGGAGGAAUUCGUCCGCUUCGCCGCGGCGCGUCGCCGGGGCUUUGACGGGGGCGGCGGCACAAAGCCGAGAGAGCAGUACAAAGCGCUGAGCCUGGCCCACGGCUGGGACUCCGAGGCGGGAGUGGGGGCAAAGGAUUUCGCCCGGAUGGUCAGCGACGCAGGGAGCCUGGCCCACUGCACCACGGGCGAGCUGCGCGAGGCGCUCGCGGCCCUCGGCUGCCGAACGGAGCUGAUAGUCUCAGCAUUCGGCUCUCUGGACGACAGCGACAGCGGCAGGCUGCCCUGCGCAAGCCUGCGCCGGUACGCGGAGUUCUGUGGCUUCGAGGGGCACGCUGCGGAGUGGGAGGAGGAGUACAGGGACCUGGCUGCCAGCCACGGGUGGGACGCGCGAUUCGGAGCCGAUCUGAGGGGCUUUGCCUCCAUGGUCAACGACAGGUCCGGGAACGGGUACUGCAGCACGGAGGAGUUGCUGCAGUUCGUGGUGCGCGGGCGCUGA